AUGGACGAGCUGAACGCGUGUACAGAAUGCGGGUUUACAACUCCUAGCAUGGAAGUAUUUACAUCCCACAUUGAACACCACGAAGAAGAACACAAUCGAUCAUCCAGCGGAGAACUUUCACACACACAGACUAUAGAGUGGACAGAGAGCGAUUCGCCAACGCCAUCGCCGAACUCUGUUCCUGAAAAAAAUUCGCCAGCAACCGUCAAUGACGAUAAUCCUUCCUUUGAAGAAACGUCUGUGAUUCAAGAACUGCCAGCGGUUGGCCCCAAAACUAGCAAAACUGCACAUGUGUGCCCACACUGCAAUUUUACAACAUACAUGUCUCAACAUAUGAAGAGUCAUUUGGAUGCUCAUGAACGACACCAAGGACAAAUGUAUCAGUGCGACAUAUGUCAAAUGCAGUUCAGUCAAAAGGCUAAUAUGCAUCGCCACCGGAUGAGGCAUAGCGGUGUAAAGCCGUAUGAGUGCCGGUACUGCAAAAAGCGGUUCUUUCGGAAGGAUCAGAUGCAGGAACAUUCGAUGACUCAUAUCAAAACUGGAGUAGAUUUUGACUGCCCGGUUGCCUUUUGCACUCAUCAGUUCAGCCAACACUCCACAUUAAGAUCUCACUUGGACGAAGCUCAUAACGUGUGCGCUUCAUCGCCAGCUUCGUGUAAACGAUGCUCACUUCUUUUUGCUAACUCACGACGUCUUCUGCUUCAUUAUCAAACACGACAUGAUGACAGCGAGUGCGGCGGAGUGCACUCGAAAAAAGAAAAUGACAUAUCACUAAAGAAGAGGCGGCCAUUAUCAACGUCUGCGUCGCCUUCUCAGAUUCGGCCUGUUUGCAAAAAGGACUUCAGCCCGCAUCAGACGGAUUCUUCAGAAAUCUCUUCUAGUCCAGACUGGGAUCAGCAGCCAACGUAUCCGAUGACAAGCGAAGAUUUGCUAAUCAUGUGCCUCAAUCCAGCGCUAAAGUUACCUGCGACCUCUCAUGCGGCGAAAUUUUCGAUCGAACAAACGAUGAGGUUAUGGGCUGCUGAUCCUGCAGUACAUUGCGAUUCUCACUCUCCGUCAGCCACCAGUGGUGCGAGCCAAUCAACUGAAGUAGAAAAAAUCAAGGAGACUAUGGAGUGUGCACACUGCGGCAUCUCUUUUUUCGACGAAACAAUGCAUCUCCUCCACAAAGGUUUGCACACCGAAGGCGAUCCAUGGAGAUGCAAUUUGUGUGGCACUCAAUGUAUGGAAAAGUACAUGUUCACAACACAUGUAAUUUUCGCGAGUCAUUCUACUUAA